UACACAUGACGCAAUUCCAGUUUUGUACAUCGCCUCCCUCCCUACCCAGAGGGAGAGAGACUGAACAGACUGAGAGACAGAAGAGAGUCGCAACUCAAAACCCCUCCUCCAAAUUACGAUAAUUAAAUUAGGGUUUGUGAAAUUCAAAUCUCCCAAUCCCUCACCCACAGAGAGAGAGAGAGAGAGAGAGAGAGAGAGAGAGAGAGGAAUUUUGGGUUUCCGAUUCUCUCCAACUCCAUUAUCAGAUUCCAAUCGACCAAUCCAUCCAAUCAAUAUUGAAAAUCUUUAAACAACACACACACAAAAAGGGGGAAAAUCGAAGCUUUGAGUUCAAGUCUAGCUACAGAGAGAUUCAAAUUCGUAGCUAAUGGAUGUAGAUGGAGGGGGCAACAAACGGGUCUUCCACAGAUUAGGCGGCCCCCAAUCCGACCCAUCCAAGAACCAGAAGGUAUGCUUCCAUUGGAGGGCAGGCAAGUGCAAUCGGCACCCUUGCCCUUUCCUCCACAGAGAGCUACCGCCACCACCGUCACAACAAGGUCUCAACGGAACGGCGUCGUCUAAGCGCCAUCACGCCUUUGCUGCUGCCACCGACGGUCCAUCGGCCCGGAACCGGGGUCCAAAUAACUUCAAUGGCGGGGCUUCUUCGACGUGGGGCCGCACUGGAGGGACUAGGGUCUUUGUUAGGAAGAUGGAGAAAGUCUGUAAUUAUUGGGUUCAGGGGAAUUGUAGCUAUGGGGAUAAGUGUAAGUUCUUGCAUUGUUGGAGUAUGGGGGAUAGCUUCAGCUUAUUGACACAGCUUGAUGGGCAUCAGAAGGUCGUUAGUGGGAUUGCACUGCCGUCUGGCUCUGAUAAGCUUUAUACUGGGAGUAAGGAUCAGACUGUGAGGGUUUGGGAUUGCCAAUCUGGUCAGUGCCUGGGAGUAAUUAGUCUUGGCGGUGAAGUAGGUUGUAUGAUCAGUGAAGGUCCUUGGGUAUUUGUUGGUAUACCAGAUGUUGUAAAGGCAUGGAACACCCAAACUAACUCUGAACUGAGUCUUAGUGGGCCUGUAGGACAAGUUUAUGCCCUGGUUGUGGGUAAUGAUUUGCUCUUUGCUGGUACGCAGGAUGGUUCUAUAUUGGCAUGGAAAUUUAAUGCCGUUACUAAUUGCUUCGAACCAGCUGCAUCGUUGAAAGGUCACACUCUUGCAGUUGUUUCAUUAGUAGUUGGAGCAAAUAGGCUUUACUCUGGUUCAAUGGACCAUUCUAUAAGGGUUUGGAGCCUGGAAACAUUGCAGUGUAUACAAACACUAACAGAGCAUACUUCAGUUGUGAUGUCUGUUCUUUGCUGGGAUCAGUUUCUUUUAUCAUGUUCUUUGGAUCAACAAUUAAAGGUCUGGGUUGCUACUCAAAGUGGAAACUUGGAAGUAACAUAUACUCACAAGGAAGAACAUGGUUUGAUUACACUGUGCGGGAUGCAUGAUUCAGAAGCCAAGCCCGUCUUGCUGUGCGCUUGCAAUGACAACACUGUCCGCGUCUAUGAUUUGCCAGCGUUUUCCGAGAGGGGUAAAAUUUUUUCAAAAGAGGAGAUAAGAUCAAUCCAGGUCGGCCCUGGUGGCUUGUUUUUCACGGGUGAUGGAACCGGUCAAGUGAAAGUAUGGAAAUGGGUGGCUGAUCCGGCUCCAACUGCCUAAGGAGGGAGAUUAUUUAUACGGGCCACAAUGUAUUAUUAAUUUUUUUUUCUUUCUUGAUUUUCAUUUUUAUGGGGUUCAUUUGUAAGUGUAGGUCCGAGGAAGAGAUUAUGCUUCUUUUUUAUUUUCUUUUUUGGGGUCAGACUGAUAUGAUGGGUUGGAGAGCUUUUGGAUUUAUAGAGGUAGGAGUUAGUCGCAUCAGCAGCAGCACUGUUCGCAGUCCGCCCUUUACUGUGUGCCAUGGACGUAAAGAAAGCAUCUUGGCCCAUGCAAAGUUGCGACUGACUGCGGGACAAAUCUCCCUAGAGAGCGAGCUUUAUGGAUCAUCUGUAUGCGUUAAUGUUUUAGACUUUGGAGUGUAAACGCAGGACAAAUUUUUCUCUGGUCGUCUUUUAAGAAAAAAUAAAUAAAUAAAAGUUAGCACAUUGACAAGUCCAUUUUACUUC